AGGGGUCAAUGAAACACCAAAGCAAGAAAGCUCGUGGGAAAGAAAAAGCUAGGGGAAAAAAAGCCUUAAAGAAAGCUGAUUACAUAAAGCAACACCUUUUUCUCUCUCUAUUAUUUCUAUUAUCUUUAUCUCUAUCUCUCUCUUUCUUCCUUCACUUGUGCCACUAUCAUUCCUCAUCUUCUUUUCCAUACAAGUAAAGCUGAAACCCACUAUUGCAACCUCACCACUUGUACUAGUCGUCGUCACAAUUAAUCCUCCUAUAGUUACAUAUAGUCCUCAAACCACACGCACAAAAAUUCCACCCAUGUUAGACAACAGUGCUUCUUCUGGUGCACCAUCUUCUUCUGAUGCCGCCUUUGCAUUAUCUGAAAAUGGGGUGGCGAACAAAAGGAAAAGAAGACCCGCAGGCACACCCGAUCCAGAUGCUGAGGUUGUAUCUCUCUCACCCACCACCUUGCUGGAAUCUGACAGAUAUGUGUGCGAGAUCUGCAACCAAGGGUUCCAGAGGGACCAGAAUCUUCAAAUGCACAGGAGAAGACACAAGGUGCCAUGGAAAUUGCUCAAGAGGGAAACACAAGGGCAGAAGAAGAGAGUAUUUGUCUGUCCAGAGCCAAGCUGUUUGCACCAUGACCCUUGCCAUGCCCUUGGGGAUCUUGUGGGGAUCAAGAAGCACUUCAGAAGGAAGCAUAGCAAUCACAAGCAGUGGGUCUGUGACAAGUGCUCCAAAGGGUAUGCUGUUCAAUCUGAUUACAAGGCACACAUCAAAACCUGUGGCACUAGGGGUCAUUCCUGUGACUGUGGCCGUGUUUUUUCCAGGGUGGAGAGUUUCAUAGAACACCAAGAUGCAUGCACUGUCCGGCAGCACCGGCCAGAGUUGCAAGUACUGCAACCUGCAUGCUCUUCUAGAACAGCUUCAAGCGCAAGUCCCUCUAGUGAGGCAAAUUUUAGCAUCGCCCCACCAUUGCAAGGACUUCCACUGCCAAAACCAGUUUCUGCUGAUCAACUAGCAACAGUCUUAUUAACUUCAGAGAUACACAAUAACAAGUCCACCACCUCUCGGAACUUAGAACUUCAGCUCUUACCCUCCUCAAUAAAUUCUCAAGAAAAACGAAAUCCGAAGGAGAACUAUGGUUUGAAACUUUCAAUAGGGUCAUGUAGUAAUGACAAAGGGAAUGAAGAGAGAGUGUGCUCAGAAGCACAUAGGAGCCCACCUGAAAGGAAUAAUAAUGUGAGCGAGUAUUCCACAUUGGAAGUGGCGAGGUUGAAAGAGUUUGCAGCUGAGGAACUCAAGUUGGCCAUAGCAGAAAAAGCUUAUGCAGAAGAUGCUAGGAAAGAGGCCAAACGUCAGAUUGAGAUAGCUGAACUUGAGUUUGAGAAUGCCAAAAGGAUAAGGAAACAAGCACAAUCUGAACUGGCAAAGGCUGAAGAGUUGAGAAAGCACGCCAUGAAGAAGAUAAGCUCCACUGUUUUGGAAAUAACAUGCCAAAGUUGCAAGCAACAGUUCCAGUCUUCAACUCUUGGGGUUCCAUCAGAAGAGACCUCCAUUGUGAUGAGUUACAUGUCUUCAGCCACCACAGAAGGAGAAGCAGAAUGAAUGACAUAUACUUGCAAAAGAAAGAAAAGACAACCUUUAUUCAGCCAAAGGGGAAGACAUGAUAUGAUAUAAAGAUAUUCGGAGGAGUUCACAGCAAGUUAUAUUCUUCUUUUCUUCUUCUCUCUUGGUUCUUUUAUGUUUUCUUUUCUCUUGACAAGGUGAAAUUUGUUUUAUCUUAAAGAAAGUUCAUAUUCUUUAUUAUAAUAUUGUUGUUGAGAUGCAGCGUUUAGGAAUUUGAGAGUCUGACUAUUCAAGGUUUGUAUAAAGGUGAGCUGCAACCUGUUUUUCUCCAUUUAACAAAUUGUUGUAUGAAAAUUAAAAUACAAGAUCAUGCAAAGCUAUAUAUUUCUGCUUCAGAAGAUAUUAAUGAAUAGAAAAUAAUGGUUGGAGUCCAUACUUGUGGCUUAAAAAUCAUACCUAAAAAAGAAGCAUAAGAGAAUGCAGAUUCCAAUUCCGUAACAAAUGAAGAUAUAUCUCUAUCAAAAGAAAAAACACAAUUCUGGAUAUUUCAGGGGUAGAUUAAUGAUUAUAUUUUGGAAAUAGGUGGUAUUUGUGGAUUUUACGGACUAUGCAUUAGAGGCAAUGCAUGCAUGUGGUGAGGAAAAAAAGGAAGAAUGGUUUAUAACAAUUAUUUUGUUUUUUGACAUUAAUGUCAUUAAUAAGCAUGAUGUUAUUGAUGUGUCAGGUAGCCUAGUAAAGAUGGACCCUUUGGGUAAUAUUAAAUGAAUGAUACAUGUGACAUUCAUCUGGGUGAAUGAUGCCAUGGUUGGGACCAUUUUGUGUAUAGGAAGCAAGAGGGGGGGCUAAAAUCUUCCUUUUGAGAUGGAAUUGGAUAUGAGAAAACAAAAAGGAAAAGAGGGAGAAAAAGGGUGAAAGAGGUAGGGGUCAUUUUCCUUCAAUAAGCGAUCCUUUUAAAUGCAGAUAUAUAUAUAAAAAAACAUGCCAUGUUUUUCAGUGCCACAGUUGAAAUGGUAGUGACAGGCAUUCGUCACUCUCAGCAUAAACAAACGCACACAAGGGUCUAAAGAUGCACAUGCUUUUAACAGUGGAGAAGGGGGGAGGGGUGCAGUGUCAGCGCAUAGGCCUCGUACAGUAGCUUUAUCAUUAAUUAAGGUGCAAAAUACCAUGGACUCCAUCGCAUUCUCCUUUUAUAUUUCACACCACUUGUAUGUAUUGCUUUAUGUUUUAUAAGUGUAAAAGAUUGCAACUUCCGUUUUAAAACAAGACUUUGAACUUUUUAUAUUAGGAUAAA